CCCCCCAAAUCAGAGCUGAACGCCUUCGCCCGCCCGCUCAGAGAUCCCCGCCACCGACGCUCGGAGAUCCCCACCGACGCCGCCGCUCUCUCCCCUCAAAACCCUAUCCUUCGCCGCCCUGAACUGCAGCCACGCCGCUCUUUCCCCUCUUUUCCGCCGCCCGGAGAUCGCCGCCGCUGCCGCUCCUAUUUUCCGCCGUGAUUUCUAAGUCCUUGGCGAAGCUUGAUUCCUAAGCUACAGAAGAUUGUCGGCGUCACAGAGGUCCUCAGGUCAGAUUUUUACCCCUAAAAAGUUUGCGAAAAUGACGAGUAGAUUAUGGAGGAUGUAUGCAGAAAGAGAGUUUUACAAGUGGGAGAAGACUGUGCUAUGGGAUAUGAUCGAACCCUAUAGGCGUCCUAAGUCAUUUACGCCUCUCGUAUCUGUUUAUGUUGCUGCAUUUUAUAGCGGAGUUGUUGGAUCUGCCAUCACUGAGCAACUCUACAAGGAAAAGUACUGGGAAGAGCAUCCAGGAGAAUUGGUACCCAUUAUGCCCCCGAAGUUCUAUUGGGGUCCUUGGAGAGUGAUGAAUGGAGAAGUCCCCAGAUACAAUGUUCCAAAUGCCGCAAACCCUCAAGGCUAAUGGUGUGUUUGGCGAACUCUUAAAACUGGCUAGGACUGAAGCAGCCUAGUUCUUCUUAUGCUGUUCCUCUCAAAUCAUGUACAUUGUGGUUCUUGCUUCUCUCAGUCUAGGAUGCAAUAUGAUAAAACGAAAAAAGAAAGAAAGAAAUGGUUGUAUGCAAUUCUUAUGGUUUACAAAUAACUUGGCUUUCUUUA